GUUCCUUUCCCGUGUUCGUCCUUCUCGAUGAUCUUUAUCAAUCUAGUCCACAAAUCAAACCCUAAAUCCCCAAUUCCUCACUGAAUCUCUCACAAACCGUGAAUCUAAAGAAAAAUCGAACCUUUGGGUAGCUGAAAAAUCGAACCUUUAGGUUGCUUAAUUCGGUAGGGAAAAAAAAAUCGAAGCGUUGGGUUGCCUAAUUCGGUUUCGGGUUGCCUAAUUCGGUACGAAAAAUCCGCGAUGGAUCGCAGUUUUUCGACGCCGCCGCCGCUCUCAUCCACCACCUCGCCUCCACCAUCCUCCGGCGACUUACCCGAGAUCCCCGACGCCUGGUACGGCAACAUCCAGUACCUCCUCAACAUCUCCAUGAUCGGUCUCCUAACCUGCGUCUCCAUCUUCCUCUUCCUCAAGCUACGCAGCGACCACCGCCGCAUGCCGGGUCCCUCCGCUCUCUUAUCCAAGCUCCUCGCCGUCUGGUCCGCCACGUGUCGCGAGAUCGCCCGUCACUGCGGCGCGGACGCCGCUCAGUUCCUUUUGAUCGAAGGUGGAAGCUUCGUGCUCCUCUUCUCGAUCGCGGUUUUAGCUCUCUCCGUGAUGCUUCCUCUGAAUCUAUACGCGGGGAGUGCGGUGCUUAGCGAUGAGCUUUCGAAGACGAUGAUCACGCAUAUCAAGAAAGGCUCGGGCUUGCUCUGGUUGCAUUUCGUUUUUGUUGUUGUUGUUGUGGUGAUUUCGCAUUUCGGAAUCUCGGCGAUUGAGGCGAGGUUGAAGUUUACUAGGUUUAGAGAUGGGAAUGGGAAUGUGAGUGAUCCCAAUGCGGAUUCCACUGCUGUGUUUACUGUUAUGGUGCAGGGAUUGCCUAAGAAUCUAGGGUCUGAUAGGGUUGAGUUUGAGGAGUGUUUAAGGCAGAAGUAUCCUGGGAAGGUUUAUAAGAUUAUUGUUCCUAUGGAUCUGUGUGCGUUGGAUGAUCUCGCUACGGAGUUGGUUCGUGUUAGGGAUGAGAUCACUUGGUUAGUUGCGAAGAUGGACUCUAGGUUGUUGCCUGAUGAGUUUGAGAGUAAUGGAGGUGAUGGAGUGUUGUCUUGGGUGGUGGGUUUGUGGGUUAAGGUGAAGGUUUUGUGGUCUAGGGUUACGGAGAGGUUUGGUUUUACGGAUGAUGAGAAGCUGAGGAAGCUGCAAGAGUUGAGAGCUGAUUUGGAGUCUCAGUUAGCUUUUUAUAAAGAAGGACGUGCACAGGGAGCUGGGGUUGCUUUUGUGGUGUUUAAAGAUGUUUACACAGCUAAUAAGGCUGUUCAGGAUUUUAGAAACGAGAGGUCGAGGAGGACUGGGAAGUUCUUCUCUGUAACAGAGCUGAGGCUACAGAGGAAUCAGUGGAAAGUUGAGAGAGCACCUUUAGCGACUGAUAUUUACUGGAAUCAUCUGGGGUUGACGAAAAUUGCUCUUAUUGUAAGAAGGGUCAUUGUUAAUACUAUUCUACUGUUGAUUCUUGUGUUUUUCAGCUCUCCACUGGCAUUGAUUAGUGCAUUGGUAAGUGCCGGGAGGAUCUUUAAUGCUGAAGCGUUGGAUAGUGCUCAGUCUUGGCUAACUUGGGUGCAAACUUCUGGUUGGAUUGGUUCUCUGAUUUUUCAGUUCAUGCCCAACGUGUUCAUAUUUGUUAGCAUGUACAUUAUCAUCCCUUCUGCUCUCUCGUAUCUUUCCAAGUUUGAGCGGCACCUAACUGUCUCAGGGGAACAAAGAGCAGCUCUGUUGAAGAUGGUUUGUUUCUUCCUUGUGAACCUCAUCGUGCUCAAAGCUCUUGUCGAGUCAUCACUGGAGAGUGCGUUCUUGAAAAUGAGCCGUUGCUAUUUAGAUGGUGAGGAUUGCAAGAGGAUUGAAGAAUACGUUAGCCCUUCGUUCUUGUCAAGGUCAUGCGUUUCUGCUCUAGCUUUCCUCAUCACAAGCACGUUCUUGGGAAUCUCCUUCGAUCUACUCGCUCCAAUCCCAUGGAUCAAGAACAAAAUCCAGAAGUUCAGGAAGAACGAUAUGCUUCAGCUAGUCCCGGAGCAAAACGAAGAGUACCCUUUGGAAAAUCAAGACCCUAGGAGCAACCUUGAGACGCCACUUCUCCCUGAAAACAUGUUUGAGUCUCCAAGAUUCGGCGACGUUGAACCUAUGAGCCAAGACCUCGCUGAAUACCCUAUCAGCCGAACCUCACCAAUCCCAAAACAAAAAUUCGACUUUGCACAAUACUAUGCCUUCAACCUCACCAUCUUUGCUUUAACAAUGAUAUACUCUUCAUUUGCUCCACUCGUUGUCCCUGUAGGCGCGGUUUACUUUGGUUACAGAUACAUUGUUGACAAAUACAACUUCCUAUACGUGUACAGAGUCCGUGGCUUCCCUGCAGGCAACGAAGGAAAGCUAAUGGACACGGUUUUGUGCAUCAUGCGGUUCUGCAUCGACCUGUACAUUGUUGCCAUGCUGUUUUUCUUCUCUGUCAAAGGAGAUUCCACAAAGCUUCAAGCCAUUUUCACACUUGGGUUGCUUGUGAUGUACAAGCUUUUACCUUCGGAUACAGAACGGUUUCACCCGGCUCUUCUUAGGAGUAUUCAAACCGUCGAUAGCAUAGUCGACGGGCCAGUUGAUUACGAAGCUUAUUCUCAACCAAACUUUGAUUGGGACACUUAUAACAGAUGAUGUUUCUACGACUUUAUGACUUAUUAGUUUUGGUCUUUUGACCAUAUCGAGUUUUAGAAUCCAUUUCUUGAAGUUAAGGGUUCUUCUCUUUGUAAGUUUGUAUAUCCCCUUUUUGUGUAUAAUAUCCAUCUUUUGAGAGAAUUACGUUUGUUG